GCCGUGGCCGUGCAAAAUCGAUGGACACAAUUCUUAAGAGGUCGAGCUUCCGAGAGAGGACGGAAACAGGGAGGUAAUGGCUGCUGUUUCUUUGGGUUCCUUGUCUCUUCCUCCUCUCAAGUACCAGAAGGUAGCAGUGUGUUGUUCAUAUGUUAAUGGUAGCCUUAGACCGAUCACAGUCAGUGGAAAUCCUCCGACUUUUGUCUCUGCAUCAGGUCGUCGGAUAGUUGCUGUGGGUGAUUUGCAUGGGGAUCUUUCAAAAACAAGACGUGCUCUUGAAAUGGCUGGAGUCUUGAGCUCAGAUGGCCAAGAUCUAUGGAUCGGUGGAGAGACGGUAUUAGUUCAACUUGGAGACAUCCUUGAUCGAGGUGAAGAUGAAAUUGCUAUCUUAUCAUUAUUGAGAUCACUUGAUAUUCAAGCUAAGUCCACUGGCGGUGCUGUCUUUCAGGUAAAUGGAAAUCAUGAAACCAUGAAUGUAGAAGGUGAUUUCAGAUAUGUUGAUCCAGGAGCAUUUGAUGAGUGCAUAGACUUCCUAGAUUACUUGGAUGAAUACAAAGGUAACUGGGAUGAUGCUUUUAUUGGCUGGAUCAGGGCUACUAAAUGGUGGAAAAAGAAAAGGACAUCUGAGAGUUAUUGGACCCGUUGGAAUUUUCUAAAGAGGCAGCAGGCUGUUAUUGCAAGAUCUUCACUUUUGAGGCCAGGUGGUCCACUGGCUUGUGAACUGGGACGCCAUUCUGUGGUUCUUAAAGUUGAUGACUGGAUCUUUUGCCAUGGUGGCCUUCUUCCUCAUCAUGUUUCAUAUGGUUUGGAGAGGAUGAACAAAGAAGUAUCAUUUUGGAUGAGAGACUUUAGUGAAAGUAGUGAUAGUCCGGCAGUUCCUUUCAUAGCUACCAGAGGUUAUGAUAGUAUUGUUUGGAAUCGUCUGUAUUCAAGAGAUUCAGCAGAUUCUAAGUACCAAAUUUUGCAGAUAUCCUCUAUUCUGGAAGAAACAUUGCAAGCUGUAGGAGCAAAGGGAAUGGUAGUUGGCCAUACUCCACAAUUUAAUGGUGUUAACAGCAAAUAUAAUGAAAGAAUAUGGUGUAUUGAUGUGGGCAUGUCUAGAGGAGUUCUUAAUUCAAGACCAGAGGUUUUGGAAAUUGUGGAUGAUAAAGCAAGGGUUAUAAGCAACCAAAAUGACUUGUUUGAAGUCAUGAACUAUCUCUAAAAUUUCCAGUAUGACCAAAAAGGGCAUACAUGACAGAGGACUCUACACACCUUUACGAACACAACGGUUUGAUGAAUGCAUGGCCGUGAAAGGAACAAAAAAUCAACUCUUCAAAUAGGUUGUCCAGUUUAUACCCUCAACCUAUUAAAAACGUUGUAUAUUUGUUUGUAUACCCUGCCAAUUAUAUAUAUAUAUAUAUAUAUAUAUAGUUGUUUA